AUGGUUGCCUUGGAGCUUUUGCGCGUAUCCGCGUACUGCCCACCCAAUCGCCGCGAAGAAUCGUACUCACUCUUGGACGCUUCGCUCUCUCGCGUGAGAUUCGAGUGCUACAAGGAUGUCGUCCUCCUUGGCGACUUCAACUCCCAUAUUGACUGGUGGAGCCGCCAAGAACCUUAUCCUAGCGACCUCACCGAUGAUAUCCUCCUUGACGUCACAUCUGCUGUGGGCCUCCAACAGGUGUGCCGCUCUGCCACCUACCAAGCCCAGCUUGCGCAGGGCCGUGCCUUAUCAUUUCUCGAUCUGGUUUUCACCACAGACAUCACUCGGAUGCUCUCCUGUGACGUGUAUCCUGGCCUGUCCAAGAGCGACCACCAAGCGAUAGAGGUUGAGUAUGCCACUUGUCUCCCUCGAAAAGGCCGGUUCGCACGGACUCUGUGGAACUUUUAUCGGACCGACCAUGCCCAUAUGGCUAAGUUAGCCCAUCUUGCACCCUGGUGUCUUACCACUGGGGACGAUUGCGCUGACAACUACGAACUCUGGUGCGACUUUGUUGGCGCCAUCCAGAAAGAAUGCGUGCCCUGCUCGCGUAAUUCCACGCGAAGGAAGAGGUCCCCUUGGAUCACUCCUGAAAUCAGGAAAAUGGCUGGCCAGAAACGAGCCCUCUUCAAACGUGCCGCUCGUACACAGUGCCAGAUUUCACUUCAGAGUGCUAAAGAUUUGCAGCGCUCAAUCAAGUCUGCCAUCUCUCGUGCUCACAGUGCUUACGCCCACACCAUCUCUAUGAAGGCAAAAAAGGACCCUAAGCUGUUCUGGCAGUAUUUCAAUGGGCUUCAGUCUAGCCGACAGCGUCCCUGUUUCUCCAGAGACCAUCACCCCAUCACGUCCCCCAGGGACGUAGCCCAACUCUUCGCUUCACAGUUCUCCUCUGCUUUCAGCCACAACUCCUCUACUCCAGAUCCCGACCUUCUUGUGCAGACUAUCGAAGCUUCCACCUCCCAACCUGUAACCUGCCUUCCAAAUUUGUGCUUGUCUCUCGACGACCUGCAUGAAGCUGCCCGACUGAUCCGGCCCUCCCACUGUGCUGGGCCUGACCUGCUCGCCCCUACUUUCAUCAAGUCCCUAUUCCCUUACCUUUCUUUCUCCUUGCUCUCACUUUUCCAAUCCUUUCUCGACCACUCCUACGUGCCCUCCACGUGGAAGAAGGCCCUUGUGACACCAGUUCACAAGGCAUGGUUUUAG